GGGGCGGCGCCGCGGGGAGUUGUCAGUGCGGGCCCAGCAGAGUUCUACCUUGUAAAUACUGUUAUUUGUAUAUACUGUAAAUGAUGACAUCGGUGGGCACUAACCGAGCCCGGGGGAACUGGGAGCAGACACAGACACAGAGCCAGACACAGCACAAGCAGCGGCCGCAGGCCACUGCAGAACAGAUCCGACUUGCACAGAUGAUUUCGGACCACAACGACGCUGACUUUGAGGAGAAGGUGAAACAACUGAUCGACAUCACAGGCAAGAACCAGGAUGAGUGUGUGAUUGCUCUGCAUGACUGCAACGGGGAUGUCAACAGAGCCAUCAACGUGCUGCUGGAGGGCAACCCGGACACGCAUUCCUGGGAAAUGGUCGGGAAGAAGAAAGGUGUCUCAGGACAGAAGGAGAGUGGACAGACAGAACCUAGUGAAGAAAGCAAAGAAAACCGGGAGAGGGAUCGGGAUUUCAGCCGGCGACGCGGCGGGCUGCCCAGGCGGGGCCGAGGGACCAGCCGUGGGAGAGAGUUUCGGGGCCAGGAGAAUGGACUUGACGGUGGUAAGAGUGGAGGAUCUUCUGGAAGAGGCACAGAAAGAGGGAGACGGGGACGUGGCCGAGGCCGAGGUGGCUCUGGAAGGCGAGGGGGAAGAUUUUCUGCCCAAGGCAUGGGAACUUUCAACCCUGCCGACUACGCCGAGCCGGCCGGUGCGGACGAGAACUACGGGAACAGCAACAACAACACGUGGAACAACACGGGCAGCUUCGAGCCAGAUGAUGGCACAAGACUUGAUUUCAUUGGGGGUGAGGGGGCAAAUUAUCCCCGAAAAUUUGACACUGCUCCUGGUGCGUGGAGGGCGGCAACAGAAGAGUGGGGCACGGAGGACUGGAAUGAAGAUCUGUCUGAGACUAAGAUCUUCACCGCCUCCAACGUGUCUUCAGUGCCUCUGCCUGCUGAGAAUGUGACAAUCACAGCUGGACAGAGAAUCGAUCUUGCAGUCCUGCUAGGAAAAACACCCUCUUCUAUGGAGAAUGAGUCGACAAACCUGGAGUCAUCCCAGGCUCCUUCCCUGGCCCAGCCACUGGUGUUCAGCAAUUCCAAGCAGAGUGGGAUGUCUCAACCUGCCUCUGGGAACUCCUUCUCUCACCACAGCAUGGUGAGCAUGCUGGGGAAAGGGUUUGGAGAUGUCGGGGAGGCCAAGGGCAGCAGUACCACAGGUUCCCAGUUCCUGGAGCAGUUCAAGACAGCCCAGGCCCUGGCCCAGCUGGCUGCUCAGCACACCCAGCCUGGUGGGAACACCACUGCUGCUUCCUGGGACAUGGGAUCCACCACGCAGACCUCAUCUCUCGUGCAGUAUGUAGAUCUCAAGAACCCAGCGGACUCCUCGGUGCACAGUCCCUUUGCCAAGCGCCAGGCCUUCACCUCCACCUCCACCAUGAUUGAAGUGUUCAUGCAGGAGAAGCAGCCUGUGGUGACUGCCUCCACGACUGUGCCGGCCCCACCAUCCUCCCCGCUGCCCAGCAAAACCAAUCCUGUCCCCCAGAUGUCCCCAGGGUCCUCGGACAACCAGUCCUCCAGUCCCCAGCCAGCACAGCAGAAGCUGAAGCAGCAGAAGAAGAAGGCGUCGUUAACAUCAAAGAUUCCUGCUCUGGCAGUGGAGAUGCCUGGCUCAGCAGAUAUCUCAGGGCUAAACCUGCAGUUUGGGGCGUUGCAGUUCGGUUCGGAGCCGGUUCUGGCAGAGUACGAAUCUCCUCCCGCCACGAGCGCUGCUGCCAGCCAGGCCCAGAGCAGCCUGUACACCAGCACGGCCAGUGAAUCUUCAUCCACAAUUUCGUCCAAUCAGAGCCAGGAGUCUGGUUACCAGAGCAGCACGAUGCAGACAGCAACGUUUACCUCCCAGAACAGUGCUCAGGGACCACUGUACGAGCAGAGAUCCACCCAGACCAGGCGAUACCCAAACUCCAUCUCCUCCUCACCUCAGAAAGAUCUGACCCAGGCCAAGAAUGGUUUCAGCUCUGUACAGCCCACGCCGUUACAAACCACACAGGCUGUUGAAGGUGCUACAGGCCCCGCAGUGAAAUCUGAUUCCCCCUCUGCUCCCAACAUCCCGCCCCUCAACGAUGGGGUCCCAGCAGCAUCCCUGCUGACCACAGCCAACCAGCACUCGACAGCCCUGAGCAGCCUGAGCCACAGUGAGGAGCUCCCCAGUACGACCAGUGCCCAGCUCAGCAGCACGUUGCCCACCCAGCAGAACAGUCUGUCCUCAUCCACGUCUUCUGGGCGAACGUCGACUUCGACUCUUCUGCACACAAGUGUGGAGAGUGAAGCAAGCCUCCAUUCUUCUGCUAGCACUUUCUCCACCUCCUCCAGCACAGUGUCAGCUGCCCCACCAGUGGUGAGUGUCUCAUCCAGCCUCAGCAGUGUCAGCAGCCUGGGCCUCAGCCUCAGCAGCAACUCCACCGUCACGGCCACCACUCGCAGCUCUGUUGCAACAACAUCAGGAAAAGCCCCUCCCAACCUCCCUCCUGGAGUCCCACCGUUGUUGCCUAAUCCGUACAUCAUGGCUCCGGGGUUGCUACACGCCUAUCCGCCACAGGUGUAUGGAUAUGAUGACUUGCAAAUGCUACAGACCAGAUUCCCGUUGGAUUACUACAGCAUCCCCUUCCCUACGCCCACCACCCCGCUGACUGGAAGAGAUGGCAGCCUGAGCAGCAAUCCUUACUCUGGUGAUUUACCAAAAUUUGGCCGGGGUGAUGCCUCUUCCCCUGCUCCUGCAACGACUUUGGCCCAGCCCCAGCAGAGCCAGACCCAGACUCACCACACCACUCAGCAGACCUUCCUGAACCCGGCGCUGCCUCCUGGCUACAGUUACACCAGUCUGCCCUACUACACAGGGGUACCAGGGCUCCCCAGCACCUUCCAGUACGGGCCCGCCGUGUUCCCUGUUGCUCCUACCUCUUCCAAGCAGCAUGGUGUGAAUGUCAGCGUCAACGCAUCAGCCACCCCGUUCCAGCAGCCCAGCGGCUACGGCUCCCACGGGUACAGCACUGGUGUAUCUGUGACCUCCAGUAACACAGGAGUGCCGGACAUCUCGGGCUCUGUCUACUCCAAAACUCAGCAAUCCUUCGAGAAGCAGGGAUUUCACACUGGAACCCCAGCAGCCUCUUUCAACCUGCCCUCGGCGCUGGGCAGCGGGGGCCCCAUCAACCCUGCGACGGCGGCGGCGUAUCCCCCCACCCCCUUCAUGCACAUCCUCACCCCGCAUCAGCAGCCCCACUCCCAGAUCCUCCACCACCACCUGCAGCAGGACGGGCAGCUUCCAUAUUUGCAGAUGAUACUGUGCUGCCAACGCCAGCAGGAAGACCAGAGCGGCUCCGGGCAGCGCAGCCAAGGCAGCUCCAUCCCCCAGAAAUCCCAGGCCAACAAGUCUGCCUACAACAGCUACAGCUGGGGAGCCAACUGAGGCCGGGGCCUCCCUUGCCCACCAUUUGCUUCCGGAAGAGAAUCCCACUGAACCCCGACGCCGAAGGAUCCCGGGAAGGAGAGGGGGCAGCGCCCGGGCCCCGCAGCCCCCGGGCAGGGCAGGGCAGGCAGCUCAGCCCUGCCCAUCUUCAGCCACCUUUCCUCUUGUAUGUAAUAUAGAAUUUGUAUUUUUUUCUUUUUUUUUUUUCUUUUUUUUUUUUGUUUUGUUUUCCUUUAUUUUCUCUCUCUCUCUCUCUCUCUGCAUUCAGAUUACGAACCGUUUGCCGUAGGGGCCUUUUUUGGUUUUUACUCCUUUCUUUCCCUUUUUCCCCACUUCUCCCACCCCCCAGAAAAACCCUCCU